UCUUUUUCUUUUUUUAUUCUUCUCCCCAAAGCUUCUGAGUACAUAAUUGUGUAUUCUAGCUGUAAGUGUCUCUGUUUGUACCACAUGGGAUACCACUUCAGCAUGGCCUGACGAGCAAUGCCAUGUCCGCACCCAGGAUCUGAACCAGUGAAAUCCUGGGCCGCCAAAGCAGAGCGAGCAAAGUUAACCACUCGGCCACGGAACCAGCCCCCUUCUUUUCUAGUUUCUUAAGGUGUAAAGUUAGGUUAUUGAUUUGAGAUCUUUUUUAACGUAAGCAUUUACAGCUAGCAUUUUCCCUCUUAGCAUUGCUUUCACUAUAUGAAGGUUUUAGUAAGUAGGUCCCCAUGUUCAUUCAUCUCAAGGUAUUUUCUAAUUUCUCUUGUGAUUUCUUCUUUCAAGAAGAAAGCAUUAGGGAGCCUCAGACUCCAUGUGAGUCUUUUUCCCUUUGAUCCAGCUAUGUAUCCUUAGUUUACCACUGUAAUAAAUCUUAGCCAUGAGUACCACUGUAUGCUGAGUCCCUGAGAGUUCUUCUAGAGAAUCUCUGAACGUGAGGGUGGUCUUAGGGAUCCCUGAUAGGAAGUUGAUAUGAGGAUUAGAUGGCCUAAUACAAACAAAGCAUUUAGUAUAAUACUUGGCUCAUGGUAAAUUCUUAGAACAGUAUAGUGAUAGCCACGGUUGCAAUGGGGAUGACUAGCAUAGAGCCAUGAACAGGACAGGUGCUCAAUAUCAAUCAUUCUAAUUCCCAUCCUAUCCCUCCAUCCUCUUCCACUAUACACUCUCAUAUCUCUUAGUCUCUUGGUGAAUGCACAGCCCAAUACCUUUAAAAUGGCAUCUCACUGCUGGCAAGUACCUCAAGUUCAGCCUCCUGUUGAUGCAGGAGAAUAGCAAGGCUCAGAGAGGUGAAAUGAAAUGUCCUGGGUCGUGUCAUGAGUUGGUUACAGAGUUGAGACAUGAACCCAGGUUGCCCUUUAAGUCCUACACUGGCUUCGCUGUCACCUGGUAUAUGUGAUGCAGACUAAGUGUAAGAUAAUCAACCUGGGGCCAAGCUGUCAAGAACCCAGCCGCCACUGAGGGGUUUACUUCUCUCCCUGAAAAAAAGGACUCUUGAAAAUUAGGAAGGAAAAGGAGUCAUAAAUAAGACCAGCCCUAUGCUAAAUGAGACCAUUAUCUGAUCUAAAGGCAGAGUGAAGUAAUUUCUCCCCUGCAUCCCCAUUUCAACGGUACUGCUGUCGACUUUCGUGGGUGAGGAGGUGGGCAGGAAGUGGCAGCGGCGGGGGGAGAAAUCAGCAUCAUCUGUAACCGGAACAAAGGGCAAACAAGACUCAGGGGAUUGCCAGUGCAUCCGGACUAGAGAACCCCCAGACGAGAACCCCAAUAUAGGAACCACAGCAAGUUAAACAGAACCUUCCAGUAGGUGCACAGUUGCUCAAAAGUCUGGGCCACGUAUGGAAUGAGAAAACAUGAGACCGGACGGGACGACAGACCCGACUGAGCCCUGUGCAGAGAACUCAACCCAUUCACCUGUCCACCAUGGAAUGUGAAAAUAAGGUGAGCAAGAAAGGAGCACAAAAAAUGUUACAGGAUAACCGAAGCGACGCUCCUGCUGGGCUUAUGAGAUGCCUUGCAGGAGGGCGGGCCCAAGUGGUGGCUCCGCUCAGUGCACGCGCUGGAAACGAGCGCGCUAGGAAGAAAGGACGCAGCCCCCUCCGCAGGUCCCAACCCCAGCCCCAGCCCCACUCCCUUACUGAUGGCUCUGCAGGCGAACUACUGACACACCGCGCCUCGGCUCGAAGCCCGGCUGACCAACGAACAAUAAGCGCUUCCACACGCACAGCCACUCGCGGCGCCUACCUAGAGACGCCGGAGCGCAGGCUGCAGGGCCAGAAGUGCGUCAUCGCCUUUCCGGCCUUCGGGACGGCGCCCGCUCUAGCACGCCUGGAGGCCGCCUCUACGUAUCGUUGGUUCUUUCAGGCCAGCCUGCCUUCCGUGGUAGCUUUGCCGCCACGCUCUCGCCGAGCUGCGGCCCAAGUAGGGAAGGCUGAGUGCAGCGCUGGCUCUGGAUUGCCUGCACUUGGCCUCUAGGGAGGGCUGGGAGGGCAGCUGCGUGGGCCGAUUUCCCUGGGACAGACCAGUCUGCCCAGGAGAGCCAGUAAUCACUGCCGGUCCAUCAGGCCGCCCCUCAGUGGCUCCGGCGGGCUGGACCCAGACGCAUGGGUGGCUGGACCGGCCGGAGUGAGAGGGGUUCAGGGCAGCACGAUGGGUCAAGGCCCGAAUACGCACUGUGCCUGCCAAGCCGGCCUCCUGCUGGAGACUCUGCCCCCUCCUCUGAGCUCUCGAGCCACAUUGGCCCCUGCCACGUCCCCCACCGUCCCUCCCCCGACCUCCAUCACCACCACCACACAGAACAUGCAUUGACCUGGCCUUGUCCUCCACGCCUCCACUUAAUUAAUUACCAGCUCAUCAGUGUGGCCUUCCUAACUCCCCACCCCCUUUCCUAUUCUGCUCUUCUGCUUUGCAGCACUUAACACAAUUCUAAUUACAUACUUCUUCCGUCAGUGAUUUACUAUCUGUAAUGAGUGGUUAAUAAGGGAUUGUCCGCUCAAUUUUGUGUCUUUCCACAAUGCAAGAAUUUAUUAGAGUAAAUUGAGAGGAUCUUGCCACAAGCAACUGAGGUCCAGGAAGGGCAGUAACAGCCCAGCGUUCCUUUACAGAGACUCAAUCAAACAUCACACAUUAAACCAUAUGAGUAUCAUAAAAACGUAUUAAUAAACACCAAACACAGCAUUCAAUAUACAAGGGGUUACGAACAAAAGUCCACAAAGACCUUGGCAUGGUCCUGCUGAAGAGGACAGGGAGAAGCAUGGGAACCAGCAAGGGGACCAGCAGCAUGCUGUCCUCUCUCUGGGAUGGCUCGCUGGCAUCAGUGUUCCUUCCUCUCUCUGUUUUAUGCUGCUUUCACAUCUUAUCCAGGUCUGCAGUUGUGCUGUCUGAUUAUCUCUGGGUGUGUCUGUGGUUUUAGUGGUUUUGGGCAUUCCAUAGGUGUUCCUUUAAGGCUUUGUCAGUUAUACCCAUAACUCCAUUUUCUUUUGCUGCGUCCUUAGCAUGAGUUCUUCUGUUUUGUAUGCUCUCUGCACUAUCUUUUUCCCCUCCUUAGACCAUAAAUUCCAAGAGGGCAGGGACUGUGUCUAUCUCAUUCACAGUCAUAGCAAAUUUCUGGAAGUUAAGUGCCUAGUAAAUAUCUGUUGAAUGGAUAGAUGCGGCUGUUCCAAGGAAGGAGGGAAUGAAUGGAUGAGUGGGUGUGAGGGAAUGAAUGAAGGUGAGAAGGAAUGUAAGAUGGUGCUUCCAUCCAUUAAACGCUGGGGGACAAUGUUCAUCUUGUCAGAGGUGGUCCACAGACUGUUUCUUACUGUGGAUUCUAAGACUAGGGAGAGUUGACGGUGCUGAGCACUUGCUCUGGUUGCCCUGAGCAAUCAGAGAGGACUUCAUGGAGGCAGAGUGUGGGUGUUUCCAGCUCCCCAAGCAGAGGAAAUGCACAAGGCAAAAAGGAGUUCACUCAAGAGGGCGUGUGGCAAUCCUAUGGUUGUCUGAGGAGACAAAGUCCCUGUUUGCUGGUUAUUUCGAAGUUAAACAGUAACUUGGAUGUUAUGGGAACUGGUUGAAUUGAGUCUGAACCUCAACUAUUUCAAAAAUGGGCUAGGCUGCUUGAUCAAAGCCUUAGAGUCAAUGGCACAGCUUUCUCCUUCCUGGGCCUGCUGACGGGGACCUGGCCUGACACCUCACAGAAGGCCCCCAGUAAAGUGUCAGCUCACCUCACCCAAGCCAGGGCAGCUUUCAGAGAAAGUCCCCACUACACUCUAAGCCUAGAUUCUUAUCAUGAAAUAAAGCAAUUGGUUUGAAGUCCCUAUCAUCUCUGACAUUUCAUAAUUCCAAGAUUCCCAGUCUGUCCUUCUUGCUAGAGAACUGGGCAAUCCAGUUGGGCCAGUGGCAGGGCCCCAGGUGAGAGGCUCAGAGACUGAAAUCUGGGCCUCUGCUUGAAAGGUCCUCAGUCUAGAAGGCUUGUGGGUCUUUUAAUGACAAGGAAGGGGUGGAUGUGAAACCUAGUAAGUGCUUGGUCCCUUUCUGCUGAAUGAGCUAGCAAAUUAAUGAAUAAAUGAAUGCAUGAGUAAAUAAAUGGCCAUGUGAAUGGUCAGUAAGUCAUGAGGGUCAAGGAAGGCUUUGUAGAGAAAAUGCUGGAGCUGAGUCUAAAAAGGUUAGAACAAAGCCUGAAGCUGGUGAGGGGGGUGCAAUGUUUCUAGAGGCUUCCUCUGGGCUUCUUCCUGGUCCCGCCUCCUCUUUCCACGUGACCAGGCUCUAGCAAGUGUGAAAUCCAGGGGAACAUUUUGCUCCCAGGUACUGACUCACCAGCGUUAUUUACUAUAACUUGCAGGCCAGGGCAAGAUCCAGGUGAAAAGAGCUUUCCAUCCCCAAUCUUUCAAGGCCUCUCAAAACCUCUCUGGCACCCAGAGAACAGUGUAUCCAGAGCUCAACCUGGAAGAGCACAGCCAUGGUGCUCUGGGUUCCAGUGCUGGGAGUUCUGCUGGUGGCCAUUGUGGGGUACCUGUGCGUGCUGGGGCUGCUUCGGCAACGCAGGCCCCAGGAGCCCCCUCUGGACAAGGGCUCCAUACCAUGGCUGGGCCAUGCUGUGGCCUUCCGGAAGAAUAUGUUUGAAUUCCUGAAGCACAUGUGGGCCAAGCACGGGGAUGUGUUCACGGUGCAGCUUGGGGGCCAGUACUUCACCUUUGUCAUGGACCCCCUCUCCUUUGGCCCUAUCCUCAAGGAUGCGCAGAGAAAAUUGGACUUUGUGGAGUAUGCGGAAAAAUUGGUGCUAAAGGUAUUUGGAUACCACUCAGUGCAGGGAGACCACCGGAUGAUACACUCAGCCAGCACCAAGCACCUCAUGGGGGAUGGCUUGGAGGAUCUCAACAAAGUCAUGCUGGACAGCCUGUCUUUGGUUAUACUGGGGCCCACGGGCCGGAGUCCAGAUGCCAGUUGCUGGCGUGAGGAUGGCCUCUUUCACUUCUGCUACGACAUCUUGUUCAAGGCUGGCUACCUGAGCUUGUUUGGCUACACAAAAGACAAGGAGCAAGACCUGCUACAGGCAGAGGAGUUAUUCAUCCAUUUCCGCAAGUUUGACUGCCUGUUCCCCAGGUUUGUUUACUCUCUGCUGUGGCCCCGGGAGUGGCUAGAAGUGGGCCGGCUCCAGCGUCUCUUUCAUAAGACACUCUCUGUGAAACACAACCUGGAGAAGGAUGGCAUAAGCAACUGGAUAUCCUACAUGCUUCAGUUUCUGAGAGAGCAGGAAGUGGCUCCAGCCAUGCAGGACAAGUUCAACUUCAUGAUGCUCUGGGCCUCCCAGGGGAACACAGGUCCUACCUCUUUCUGGGCCCUCCUGUUCCUCCUGAAGCACCCAGAAGCCAUGCGAGCUGUGAGGAAGGAGGCCACACGGGUCCUGGGGGAGGCCAGGCUGGAGGCCAGGCAGUCUUUCAACUUCAAGGUCAGUGCCCUGCACCACACCCCAGUGCUGGACAGUGUGAUGGAGGAGACACUACGGCUGGGGGCUGCACCCACCCUUCUCAGGGUGGUACACGGUGACCAUACCCUGAAGAUGGCCAGUGGGCAGGAGUACCGGCUCCGCAGUGGAGACAUUGUGGCCCUCUUCCCUUACCUCUCAGUGCACAUGGACCCUGACAUCCACCCCGACCCCACUGCUUUCAAAUAUGAUCGCUUCCUCAACCCCAAUGGCAGCAGAAAAGUGGACUUCUAUAAGGCAGGCAAGAAGAUCCACCACUAUACCAUGCCGUGGGGCUCAGGCGUCUCUAUCUGCCCUGGGAGGUUUUUGGCCCUCAGUGAAAUGAAGCUUUUUAUUCUUCUCAUGGUCACACACUUUGACCUGGAGCUGGUGGACCCUGAUACACCUGUGCCACCUGUGGACCCCAAGCGUUGGGGCUUUGGCACCACACAGCCCAGCCACGACGUGCGCUUCCGCUACCGCCUGCAGCCUACUGAGUGAGCUCUGCCAGGGUGGCUGCAAGCGUGGCCAGAGGGGCUCCCUUGGGGUCUCCACCUCCUCUUGUCCCUCUGAAGCCCCAGACCCCCACUGACCACCCAUCCUUCUGGUUCUGUGGCACCCCCACCUCUGUCCUGGUUGCCCUCCUUGCUCUCUGGCCUCCUUCUAGUCAUGUCACAGGCCUAUUAUUCUCUCUUUAAAACACCAUCUCUCACAGUGGGUUCUGUGGAACUCUUCUCUCCUAGGAAGUCGAGGGGAAGGGAAAUAUCUGUGGGCAACUCAGUUAGGGAGAUAACGCAUGCCUUGACAAGUCCUGUGGUACAGAAACUGGUUACUGUGAGAAACGCAGCAUCUUGCAAAUGUUAGCCUCCACCCUCCCAUCCCACCUUAUUUUUUUCCUCAACAACUAUUCCACAUCCUGCAGAAUUCAGGUUCUAGAACAGUCUCAUCCAAUAGCAAUAUGAGACAAGCCCUAGGUGUAAUUUUUAAUUUCAUAGUUGACAUGUUUUUUAAAAAGUAAAAACAAACAGGUGAAAUUCAUUUUAAUAAGUAUUUUACUUACUCCAAUAUAUCCAAAAUAUUAACAUUUCAACAUGUAAUCAAUACAAAAAUAUUAAUGAAAUGUCUUUACAUAUUUUUUUUGUAUUGUCUUCAAAAUCCGGUAUGUACUUUUUACCCUUGCAGGAUGUCUCAAUUCAGACUAGCCACAUUCUAAGUGCUCAGUUGCCAUGUGUGGCUCGUGGCUAGCAUAUUGAAUAGAGUAGGUCUAGAGAAAUGCUGCCCUUCCUGUAGGAGUUGUUCAAGGUCUCUCCUCAGUGCCUUCAUCUCCCC